CAUUCGUAUAGUCGUAUACCGUAUACUAUCAUCAUAAAUUUAAAUCCCUAUUGGCUAUUCGUGUCAGUUUUUUAGUACUUCUCUUCAAUUUUUGCCAUCUACGACUUGAGAGAAUUUCGAGUAUGAGUAUAAAUAAACAAAAUGUUACGAAACUUUUUUUUUCUCUCAUUUAUAUUCACGUAUUAUCUUCUAAUUCUGAAUGGUUCCGCAGCAAAUCAAAAUAACUCUGUUGAUUCCACGAGAAUGGCGAAAACCCCUUGUAUUAAAGCUCUGCUACUGAUUGUUGAAGGAUCUGAAGAAAUUGAACUCGUCACUCCGGCGGAUCUUCUACGUAGAGCAGGAAUCAGUGUGUGUAUUGCGGGAUUGGAAGGAAAGGAUUGCGUAAAGUGUAGUCGAGAUAUCAAAAUUUGUCCUGAUGUUGCUUUCUCAGAUGUGAAAAAUGAUGACUAUGAUAUUGUAAUUUUACCUGGCGGACCGGGUCACAAGAAGUUUCGGGAAUCUCAAGAAGUUAAAGAAUUGCUACAAAAGCAACAGAAGAACGACAAGUGGAUAGCUGCGAUUUGUGCUGCACCAACAGCUUUGAAAUCGCACGGAAUCUGUCUAGGACAAACACUUACUUCUUACCCUGGUGUUAAGGAUGAGUUUAAGGAUGGCCAAUGCAAAUAUAGUGAAGAAAAAGUUGUAGUCUCUGGAAAACUCAUCACAAGUCGCAGUCCAGCAACAGCAUUCGAAUUCGCUCUCACAAUAAUUGAAAAAUUGGUCGGAAAAGAUGCCAGAGACAAAGUAGCUGAAGAAACGUAUUAUGUAUAAAAGGAAAACUCAAUCGUUUACGCCAAGUCGCCAAUCCUGAAUCCAGAAUACAAAAAUUAUUUAAAUUUAAUUCGUCUUUAUUGAUUUUUGGUGUCGUGAUGCUAAAGUAUCACCUGGGAAUGAUUAAUUAAGUUAAAUUUGAAUAAAGUUAUCUUGUUUAUCAUUUA